GCUCACGCGCGCAACUCGCCUACCCCGUGCACACGCCGAACGUCCGUCCGCCGUAACCGCGUGGGCCGCACGCGCGACAUUGGCACCGCUCUCUCGGGAUCCGCGACUUGGGUCCGCCCGGAAGCACCGUCAUGGACGCCAAGUACAAGUUUGAAUUCACCGUGAUGGCGUCCGGUCUGUUCAUGUUACUGACCGUGUACGAGAUGCCGGUGGCCACCUACUUCAAAUCUGUUGUUUAUUACAGGUGUUUCCAAGGCGUUGCCGCUCAACUGCUGAUGCCUUUGAUUUUGCAAAUACUAAUACCUACCUACUCGGAUGACGACGGAUCGGCCUUGUUUUGGAUUUUGGACAUAGUCGAAUACUUCAUGUACUGCAUAACAAUAUUUCUCAUCAAAAGGGUCAUAACGUCGUUGCGCGUGUUGUGAAAAUAAAAUUAAAACACGAUUCGAUUAACAUCCAACUAUCCGUUUAGGGGAUUUUUAUCGAGUGGGAAGUUUUGCAGGACAUUUAAGAUUGACUGUAAACCAUGAUAAAUUACUUUUUUUAAUAUUUAAUUUCUAGGGCACUCGUCGCGGCCUCAUUUAUAAUUCGUUUGUAUUACCUACCGGAAAGGAAAACAUUAAAUAUGCAAUUUCAAAUCCUUUAAAUCAAAUCAUAUACAAAAAUAAAAAAUAAAUUAACAAAAAAAAUAUGACCGUUUCAUGAAAAUAAAUUAUUUUGUAAAUCGUGACCACUGAAUCGGACGUUGGAAAUAUCCGCGCGAAAUUCCAUUUUCAUAAUUUAGGGUUUAUCUAAAGUAUAUUUAUCUAUGGUAUAGAUUCUAUACCCUAUGGACGGUGUUAGAUUGUCACAGACCAAAUAUAAAUUAAUUUAAAAUAGUAUAAUUUAUUUUUUAUGCAAAAGUACAAAUUUACCAAAAAUAUGCGUGCUAUAAUCGUAAUGUCGAGUUCGGGUGGUAAUGAAAAUAAUUAAUCGAUAUAAUACGAAAGAAUUCUUCAUUUCAGUCGAUGAACUUGAACUCUUUUCGAACAUAAAUCAUGUAAUAUGUUAAUUUCUAUGCCGAAAAAUAUCUACUUGAACCACAAGACAGUUGAGAAAAUAAUUAAAAAACAUAACAAAUUAAAAAUACGAUAGUCAUCCGAAACAACCAAUAUAUAA